CCAUAACUCCUGCUGUCCUCCCAGCGGCCGGCUCUGGAGCGCGACCCGGAAGCUAUGGAGGUGCUGGUCCUGGCCGGAUACCGCGCGCAGAAGGAGGACGAAUUGAAUCUGGCGCCCGGGGACGUGGUCCGGCAGGUGUGUGAGGGGCCCGCACGGGGCUGGCUGCGCGGAGAGCUACGGGGUCGUUGUGGCCUCUUCCCCGAGCGCUCGGUGCAGGUGAGGCCGGGCCGCAGGUCGGGUGGAGGAGGGUCUCAGCGCUCGCCUCCGGGAGCUGAGAGCCCCCACGUCUCCGUGUCCUCAUUUCCAGGAGAUCCCCGAGGCUCUGCGCGGCGCCGGAGAGGCGCCGAGACCGCGCUGCGCGCGCCACGGAGGUCGCCCCGCCAAAUCUCGGGGCCCCCAAAGAUGGUGCAAGGUGAACUUCAACUACAGCCCGGAGCAGGCGGACGAGCUGAAGCUGCAAGCUGGGGAGAUUGUGGAAGUGAUAAAGGAGGCCUUGGGAAACCAGACAUGCCUUCAGUCAGCCCCGGUCCCCAGCGGCCUCCCAAGCUGAGCAACCUGACCUAUGAGAGCCCUCCAGACUACCUGCGGACAGUACCCCGCCCUGAGAUCUACAGGGUGCUGUUCGACUACCAGCCCGAGGCCCCAGAUGAGUUGGCGCUGCGGAGGGGAGACGAGGUGAAAGUACUGAGGAAGACCACAGAGGAUAAAGGCUGGUGGGAAGGAGAGUCUCAAGGCAGAAGAGGACUCUUCCCAGACAACUUCGUGCUCCCCCCACCCCCAAUCAAGAAGCUGAUCCCACGGAAAGUGGCAUCUCGGGAGUCAGCUCCUAUUAAGGAACCAAAAACGAUGAUGCCCAAAGCAGCCCUCCCUACAGUCAAGAAGCUGGUGACAGCCUCCACUGGGCCCAGCAAAGCCAAGCCACCUCGGACACCCAUUGGAGAUGGUCAGAAGCGCCUCUCCCGCCUCUCCCGCGACUCAGGCUCCAGUGGCAGCUUCCUCAGCAGGGGUCCAGGCCACCCUGGUAGAAAGGGAUCGAAAACCCAGGCUUCCCAGCGGCGCUCUGCCACCAGUCAGGAGGAAUUGCAGAGCAGCCUAGCAAAGGCCUCCCCUGUGAAUAAGACCCCCACUCUGGACAAGCCCCCCAGCCCGGAGAAGACUCUGUCUCCAGAUAAGGCCUCCACUCCAGAGGAAACCCUGACUCCAGAGAAGGUCCCCAUCUCAGAGGAGGCAUUGACUCUGGAGUUCAAGGGCCCCACCCCAGAGAACCCCACCCCAGAGGAGAGCCUGACUCUGGACAAGGCUCCCAGCCCAGACAACAUGAUUUCUGUGGAUGAAGUCCCUGCCCUGGACGUCCCACCUGAGGAUGAAGCCCUUGGCCUAAAGAUGGCCCUGCCUGAGGACGAGGCCCCCACCCUAGAGAAGGUCUUGACCCCUGAGCAGGCGCUCUCUGAAGAGACCUGCGCCAGAGAUAACACUCAGCUCCAUCACUUCUCUCCGGAGCAAGCCCUGCUGAAGUUCAAGUCUCUUGCGGCCAAUGAGGCUCAAUCCCAAGAGGUCCAUAUGCUAAAGGAGCCUGACCUCUGCAUGAGGACACACCCUCUGGAUCAGAGGGACGGCCCCCCAUUCCAGUGUGAGUCCCAGCCAGAGUCCAUGCCUGCCCAGGAGGCCCCAGGGCAGCCUGAGGCUACCCAGAAGGAGGCGGCGCCCCCUAAAGAGGAGGUGCCCCUAAAAGAGGAGUUCCCCAAAGAGGUAGCUGCAGUUCAAAAGAAUACUCAUCCUAUCAAGUCGACUCCGGACCCCCAAGAGACUCCCACCCUACUUUCCCCGAUCCCGCAAAAUCUCACGGGCAGCAGAAGUGACAGAGGCGAUAUAAUGAGGCUACAGGACGAGGUGGAGUCUUUAAGAAGGUCGCUGGAGCAGAUGGGGGUGCAGCUGGAGAGGAAGCUGACCGACAUCUGGGAGGAACUGAAGAGCGAGAAGGAGAAGCGCCUGUUGCUGGAGGCGCAGAUGAAGCAGGGGACCCAGAAGUCCCGGACCUGGGGCACCAUGCACGUGCAGACGCAGACGCACUGAGGGUGGGCUCGGGAGGGGGACAAUGGCGGGACCUGGGGGGACGUCAGACUCCGGCCACCCACGUCCUCGCACACGACUUUGGGAAACACAAGAAAGUAAACUGCAGUGUACGCGCUC